GGACCAUCAAGGGAAAACGCCAAAAUCGCGCGAGAAUGAGCGGGAACUCGUAUCGUCAAAGUGAGGCUGGAAUAAUAUUAGCGGGAAGUAUCCAAAAUGGCGCGCGGAAAUGGGGAAACAAAUGGACCAUCUAAUGAAGAUAUAAUGUCCAUUCUCCUUGCUACUGAUUGCCAUCUUGGUUUUAUGGAGAAAGAUCCCAUCAGAGGACAGGAUUCUUUCAUAACCUUUGAAGAAGUGCUUCAGCAAGCUGUUAAAAAUAAUGUUGAUUUUAUCCUGCUUGGAGGGGAUUUAUUCCAUGAUAAUAAGCCAUCUAGGCAUACUCUCCACCAGACCAUGUAUCUGCUAAGAAAGUAUUGUAUGGGAAACAGGCCUAGUCAGUUGGAAUUUCUGAGUGAUCAGACAAUUAAUUUCAGCCAUUGCAAAGUUCCAGUUGUUAAUUACGAAGACCCAAAUUUAAAUGUUUCAUAUCCCGUUUUAUCUGUUCACGGAAAUCAUGACGAUCCAACUGGCGAAGGCAGCUUAAGUGCCAUCGACCUUCUCAGUGUUUGCGGUCUUCUCAACCACUUUGGCAAGACACCAAGUGUAGAUGAGAUUGAGAUAAGUCCAGUCCUCCUUCAGAAGGGGGAAACAAAGCUGGCUCUUUUCGGCCUAGGCUCAGUCAGGGACGAAAGGCUUCACAAAACAUUUUGUAAUAACAAAGUUAGAAUGCUUCGACCAAAGGAUGACCCAGAGUCGUGGUUCAAUAUUUUUGUUAUUCAUCAAAACAGAGCAAAACACGGAGCAACGAACUAUAUCCCUGAAAGUUUUCUUGAUGAAUUUCUAGACUUGGUGGUCUGGGGGCAUGAGCACGAGUGCCUUAUCGACGCUGAGUGGUCGGUCUCUGGAAAAGCCUUCUACGUCACGCAGCCUGGCUCCACCGUUGCAACAUCAUUGUCACCAGGAGAAGCAAAGCCAAAGCAUGUUGGACUUCUCCAAAUACACAAGAAGAAUUUCAAGCUGGACAAAAUACCUUUGACCACUGUGCGGCCGUUCCUGAUGGAUGACGUCAUUCUCAAUGAUACAAGCUUAGACCCAUCAUCUGAAGAACGCGUCUCAUCCUACCUAAACCACAAGGUGGAAUCAAUGAUUGCCAAAAUCCCAAAUGCAGAAGAAACUUUGCCCCUCAUAAGGCUCAAGGUGGAAUACAGUGGUGGCUUUAGCGCCCUGAAUCCUCAUAGAUUUGGACAGUCCUUCGUCAAUCGCAUCGCAAAUCCUAAAGACAUUCUUCUCUUCUACCGAAAGAGAGCACCAUUCACAAAAGGAGAGAAAUCGGAAAACACGGGGAAUUUUGCCGAUUUUGCAGUCGAUCAUGUGGAUGGUGUGCGAAUGGAGGAUGUUAUAAAGGAAAUUCUUAAUAGCACUGACCAGUCUCUGCAGUUAAAUGUUUUAUCAGAACGAAGACUGGGCAAGGCAUUACGCGAGUUCGUUGACAAGGAAGAGAAGGAUGCUAUUCAAGAAUUGGUGAAAUGGGAACUUGGAAAAGUGCAAAGCGAAUUGAUUCAAAGAAACGCAAAGGAGGACAGCAUAUCUGAGGAGCUUGCAAAUGUAAAACUCAAGAGGGAGGCGGAUAUCGAUGACCAAAAAGAAAAUGAGGAGAUUGAGAAGGUGCUAGCCAGCUCCCGCACCAACAUAGUCAGCAAUGCCGAUUCAUUUGAAAGUGAUGCAAGUGACGAUGAUGUGGGCAAUGCACCGAGCAGCAGUGGCACUCGUGGCGGUACUCGAGGUAGUCGACGUGCGCGGGGUGCUUCUAAUGCGCGUGGUUCCGCACGCGGGAGAGGUUCGCGAGGGACCACAAAGUCCCGCGCUACAAGCAACAGAGGGAGGGGUUCUCGUGGAGGUGCUGCGAAAAACUCCCUUUUAACUGAUUCAUUUAUCACCGUGACAAAACCCUCACAAAAAAGAGUGAAGACAGAGUCCAUUGAUUUGUCUAGUGAUGAAAACGGUUAUGAUGACACAAAUUUAUCAACUGUCUCCAGGGGAAGCAGGCAAUCACGCAAAGCAUACGAGCAAUCAAUUCCUGUGAGUAGCAGCGACGAGGACUCGGACCCGUUUGCCAUUCCGGCUUCAACUCGCAAAAGAUCCAGACGAUAACAGACUGGAAAUUUCAGAGUCAAAUGCAAAGGAUAGUUCAAAACUAUAGAAUGUCUUAGAUCAAGCUAAACCUAAGCCCUGGCUCCUCUAAAGCUUCGAAACUCACUAGUAGAAAAUAAUUUUUUCACAUGACAUACAGGAAGGAAAGCAAAUAUUUCUUGAAUCAUUGAAAGUAAGAAUUAUCGAAAGUUCCUUACCUAAAUAGUAGCAAUUGAGGAAAAAUUUUCUUUAAAUUGUUAAUAACUCGAAUUUUCAAGUAUUUCACUUAGAAAGUGUUUGCAUAGGUUGUUUAUGUUCACAGAGAUAUAGAAUCUCCAAUCAAAUCUAAACAGAUUUUUAAAA